AUGGAGACGAGUUGCACGGCAUUGUUUGCGCGUUCUGUGGAGACUGGCCCCCUUCCAACUCGCAUCCCUGUCCCCUUUGUUGCCCUCCCUCUCUCCCCUAAGCCCCGCUACAACUCGCCUCCUCAUCAUCCCCCCAGCACCCCUCCCCUCCUGGAAGGAAGGAAGAGUCAACUCACCCCUCAGUCCGCUUUUUUUCCCUCCCCUUCCCUCCUAAGCCCCCCUCCAUCUCGCCUCCUCAUCAUCCCCCCAGCACCCCUCCCCUCCUGGAAGGAAGGAAGACACCCCUCCCCUCCUGGAAGGAAGGAAGAGUCAACUCACCCCUCAGUCCGCUUUGUUUCCCUCCCCUUCCCUCCUAAGCCCCCCUCCAUCUCGCCUCCUCAUCAUCCCCCCAGCACCCCUCCCCUCCUGGAAGGAAGGAAGAGUCAACUCACCCCUCAGUCCGCUUUGUUUCCCUCCCCUUCCCUCCUAAGCCCCCCUCCAUCUCGCCUCCUCAUCAUCCCCCCAGCACCCCUCCCCUCCCCUCUUCCGUCGCCCUUCCCUCCUGGAAAGAAGGAAGAGUCAACUCACCCCUCUGUCCCAUUUACUUUUGAGACAUCUCAACAGCCGUCUCCCCCUCCCCCCCACUUCCCCUCUCUUCCUACUUCCGCCCUCCCCCCACUUCCCCCCUCUCCUCCCCCAACUGUCAUCACCAUCACCAGAUUCGCGCCGUGUCUCUACUACAAUCCACACCGUGUCUCUGCAGCCGUCAACGUUCCCCCCCUUGCUGCGUCAGCAAGCGCCAGAGCCAGCUCAGACCGAGAUCCGCGGGAAAUAUCUGACUCCCUCGCCCUCGAACCAGUUUCGAUCGGGCAGUGUAGAAAAGCCUCUGGGCUGACCGGCAGGGGCGGUAAAGGGGAGGCUGCUAUGGCGAAUGAUGGGGGUUCUAGCGCGUUCUGGAGGCGUGCGAAAGAAAUAGAGGCUCCCAUGUGCGCCAAGGUGCCAUUCUCCUUUCCCCCGAUGUUUGGGGACGUGCGGGACGACCCCCCACCCCACUGGCUCUGUAACCCCCCUCCCUGCUUCUGCUCUUUUCUCCCCCCUCCCCCUCUCCCUCUGCUCUCCGCCCUCCCCUGCCGCUCCCCCUGCUCUUCCCCCCAUCAGUUGCGCCAAGAGACAAGAGGCGAUGAGUGUAACACAAAUGUGCCUGUAACCCCUCUCCUCACCAGGUGCGCCAAGGUGCCAUUCUCCUUCCCUCCAAUGUUUGGAGACGUGCGGGACGACCCCCACCACUGGCUCAGGGACGAGAGGCGCGAGAAUCCGCAAGUCCUGGCGCAUUUGGCGGCAGAGAACGCGUACACUGACGCCCUACUGCCUUUGUGUGGUGCUGGCGUUGGGAACGCGAAUGUGUGCACUGAUGCUGAAAACGCGAAUGCUGUGAAGCCACAGAUACAACCGGUAGAGAACGCGUACACUGACGCCAUACUGCCUCCAUGUAGUGAAGGAGACAAGGCGUGUACGGGGGACAAAGGAGAAAUGGCGGGUGGGGGAGAGCGAGAGGGUGUGCCACUGCGCGUUCUACUGCAAGGGGAGAUGAAAGCGCGAGUGAAGCAGGAGGACAGGAGUGUUCCUUUAAGAAAGGGUAAUUUCUGGUACUACACCCGAGAGGAGGAGGGUAAACAGUAUCCCAUUCACUGCAGGAGAGCAGCUGUAGACUCUGCAGUCUCAGCAGCAGCAGCAGCAGCAGCAGCACAAUCACCAUGCGAGCCCAGAGAUUAUUUUUCCGAGAGCAUGGAUGAAGGGGUUUUAGAGGAAAUCGUUUUAGAGGAGAACAGGGAGGCGGAGGGGCGAAGCUUCUUCCACAUUGAUAGUGUUAUUGUGAGCCCAAACCAUGGGUUUGUGGCGUAUAGUAUUGACACGAGGGGGGAUGAGAGGUAUUCUAUCCAUGUGCGGCCUAUUUGCUCUAGCUCUGCUGCUGCUGCUGCUGCUGCUGCUGCUGCGGCUUCAGCAGGACUAUUGUCAGUGCCACCAGAUUCCUCACCAGCUGAGUCAGCAGCAGCUGCAGGAAGAGCGUCAGAAGGAGCAGAAAGAGUGUCAGAAGGAGCAGCAGCAGCAGCAGCAGCAGCAGCAGCAGCAGCAGCAGCGGGGAGAUCUUCUGAAGGACGGUCAAUACCCGCACCAGCAGUAACAGAAGCAGAUGGUUUAGCAGGCACACCAGUAACAGCAGCGGAAGCAGGAGCAGCAGCCGCAGCAGCAGCAGAAGCAGCAGCAGCGGCAGAUACGGAUGUUAUCACGUCAGAGUUUGGUACAAGCGGCGAGGUGUGCUGGGCGGAAGACAACCAGACGCUCUUCUACGUCGCUCAGGACGAAAAAGACCGCCCGUGCUCCGUCAUGCGCCACGUCAUCGGCACGCCGGUCUCUCAGGACGCGCGCGUCUUUUUCGAAAAGGACGAGGCGUUUGACGUGGGCGUUCACCGCACGUCUUCGGACCGAUUUAUUAUGAUAACAUGUGGAUCGGCUGUGACGUCCUUUUUGCUGGCAAUCGAUGUUCAAAGACCGUUCGACCCUCCAAGGCAGCUCGUGCCAAGAGUGCACAACGUGGAGGUGUAUGGGGAUCACAGCGGCUCGCGCUUCUUCCUCCUCCGCCGCUCCCCCCAACUACAGGGCUCGGAGCUCCCUUCUCCCCUUUGCAGCAUCCGCCCAUCCUCUCUCCCCAUUUCUCCCUUCCCCCCCUCGCCUUCCUCAGAACGUGGAGGUGUAUGGGGAUCACAGCAGCUCGCGCUUCUUCCUCCUCCGCCUCUCCUUCAGGAGCCUUUGUGCCCUCUUUUCCUCGCCUCUUCACCCCUGUCCCCUCCGCCUCUCCCCUGCUCUCUCUCACCCCUUAAAGAACGUGGAAGUAACGUGGAGGUGUAUGGAGACCACAGCGGCUCGCACUUCUUCCUCCUUGGUGCCUUCUGGCUCUGGAACUCGCAGCUCCUCGCGUCGCUGCCUGUUGCUGACGCUGCUCCUGCAGCUGAGGCUGUAGAGCCCUCGUUGGUUCUCCCACAUGACCCCAGUGUGAAGCUCCAAUCAGUGACGGCCUUCAAGCGCCACGUGGUCGUGUUUGAGAGGGUGAAGGGGCUACAACGGAUCAGAUCCAUCCCCUUGCGAUCCGACGGCUCUCCUGCACCUGAAGCUGCCAAACUGGUUGAAUUCACCGAAGCAGCAUACGAGAUCCGAGCCCUCAGAAGCCGCUUCGAAUCGCCCCUCCUCCGCUACUCCUUCUCCUCCCUCGUCACCCCCACCACCGUGUUUGAGCGAGACAUGGACACAGACAAACAGGCGGCUAGGAAGGUUGACUGGGUCGGCGAAUCCUUCGACCCCUCACUCUACUCCUCCCGCCGUCUCUUCGCCACGGCAGCAGACGGCACUCAAGUGCCCAUUUCGCUCGUCCAUCGCAACAGCACUUGCAGUGCUGCCACCAACGAACCCCCUUGGCCCAUGCUGCUCUAUGCCUAUGGCGCGUAUGAGGUGCCCUCGCGCCUCUCUUUCUCCCCUGACCGUCUCUCCCUGCUCGAUCGAGGGGUGGUUGUGGCCGUAGCGCAUGUGAGGGGAGGAGGCGACUGGGACUAUCAGUGGUACUUGGACGGGAAGCUUCUGAGAAAGCGCAACACGGUGUGGGAUGUGAUUGCGUGUGCCGAGCACCUGAUCAAGGAAGGUCUCACCACUCCAGACCGAUUGGCCCUGGAAGGCCGGUCAGCAGGGGGCAUACCUGUGGGGGCAGCCGUGAACGAACGGCCGGAUCUGUUUCGAUCAGCCGUGGCUGGCGUGCCGUUCGUUGAUGUGCUCUCCACCAUGCUAGACGCCUCUCUACACCUCACCAUCACAGAGUGGGAGGUGGGUUUAGCAGCACUGAGUGGGAGGUUGUGUGUGUGUGGCAAGCAGGAGUGGGGCAACCCACAUGAGGAGCAGUACUAUCACUGCAUCAAGUCCUAUUCUCCUGUCGACAAUGUGAAGCCCCAGGCUUAUCCCAACAUACUGGCCACUGCUUCGCUCCAUGAUCAGAGAGUGAACUAUUGGGAGCCAGCCAAGUGGGUGGCACGGUUAAGAGACGCCAACACAAGCAGUGAUUCGGUGGUGCUGCUUCGGUGUGGGACGCCUCAAAAGCCAACAGACCUGAAAUUCUGCAUGUGCCCUCUCGCACUUCUUUCCUCGCCCUCCUCCUUACCUUAUUACCAGAGAGUGAACUACUGGGAGCCAGCCAAGUGGGUGGCACGAUUGAGAGAUGCCAACACCAGCAGUGAUUCGGUGGUGCUGCUUCGGUGUGAGAUGGACGCGGGACACUUCAGCAAGACAGGGAGGUUCGAUCGCCUUGCUGACGUGGCGCUCCGCUAUGCCUUCAUUCUCUACACGCUUGGCGUGCACUGA